AUGUUUGAUACGGCAGGGCUAGUGAAAAAUUUGACAGCAAGCAUUAUCAAGAAGAAGAACGAACAACGCAAGUAUACACAUAAAUUAAAGAAAACAAAAAAAAGCUAUAUAACUUGGAGCAGUUCAGAACGCAGAAUCCUUCUGGAAAGGCGCAUUGACAAUGAUGUUUGGUUCAGCUCAAAGAACGCCAACAGCAACGAAGGCUGGAAAAAAAUCGCGAAUGAGCUGAAGGAUCGCCUGGACGGUAAAAGUGCUGAAGCAUGUAAAGCACAAUGGAAUGCGUUGAUGAAAAAAUAUAAAAGCUUUUUCAAAUAUCGCUCGGGCGAUGGAACAGGUGAAGAGGCGACUGCUGAAGAGGCGAAAGAUUGGGAGUUUUUUGACUGCAUCCACUCAUAUGCUUCCAAGAAAGAUAAUUUUCACCCUCCAUUUUUAAUUGAUAGCGGCGAUGGUGAGGUGUCGAUGCAGCCAAGGAUCAAUAAAAAAAUAUCACCGCUUUUGGCUGUAUUUGGGCAAAUGGUGCAGACGGACCAUCCGCACAUCGACUCAUCAGCGCUGCUCUUGACCUCAGAUUCGGAUUCUGAGUAG